AUGCCCCUCCGCUCCCACCACGGCUGCGCCCGGUGCAAACACCGACGACAAAAAUGCGAUGAGAAACAGCCCAGUUGUACUCGCUGCAAAGAAGCUGCCGUGACAUGCGAAUAUGUUAUUACUCUCAAAUGGGAUGGCCGGGUGCCUCGGAAACAAGAACAAACUUCAUCUCGACGGAGGCCGAGGCGGAGGAUUGCUUCUGCUACUUCUUUGACGGUGUCGGGCAUAGGACAUAGUCCCGAGACUCGACUCCUUAAAGACGAGGGGCUCAAAUUAAUGGAAGUAGACAUUUUUUAUGGUCUAGAUUCCCGCGACAAGUUACUGCUGAAUCACUUUAUAACCCAUGUUUCUCAACUGAUGAGUCACGCCUCCGUGCGCGAUCAAGCAUGUCAAAUCCUGCCUGUGGCGCUGGGAACGCCCUAUUUACUAUAUGCUACACUAGCCUUUUCGGCACUUCAUCUCUCAACUUUGCAAGGAGGUGACAAUGGAGGGGGACGGAUAUCCGAUACAUUGGUUACAGACAUUCUGGCGUGUAGCAUCACCUAUCUACGACAGGAACUUGACACCAAAAACCCCACUUCCGAGAAUACACCAGCUCUGUUACAUACCGUGAAGACUUUAUGUCUCUUCGAGAUCUACUCCGGCAAACAUGGCUCCUCCUGGCGUGCCCACCUAAAGGGGGCGCGAGCACUGCUCAUAACCACGACAGCCUGCCGAAACACAACGAAUGAAUUGCAUGGAGGCGAUUGGUUAAUAGUGAGAUGGUACGUUUCCAUCGAAGCCCUGUCCGCAUUAACGAAUGACGACACCCGAAAUGAAGAGCAGCAGGCUAUUCAGCUCAUAAUUGAUUCGGUAGCAACCCAAGGCUCUGUGCUGGAUGUUUAUGCGGGUUAUGCGGCGGAUUUGCAUUUGGCAUUCAAGGAUAUUGGGGGGUUAAUGCAGCGGUUUGCAUCUAUGAGGGAGAAUUACUGCGGCGAUGACAUUCUGGCUGAUCUACUGAGACAUUGCGAUGAAUGCAUCGAGAUUGAACAACGAGUCGAAAACAUGAUCCAUCGAGAUCGGGACGGCGGACUCAAGAUUCCAGCUGAAAUCUCACUUACUCCAGAGGAGUUUCAGAUGUUUAGCGCUUGCAAUACAGAAUAUCAGUACUCAGCGCUCCUACAGAUUCGCCGACGACUAUAUAACAUGCUCUCAGGAUCCGAGCAAACCCAGCAGUGCGUUAGAGGUGUUCUGGAUGCAGUGUGCAACGUCCUGCCGGUUACAGUUUUGUCGCCGUGGAUUUUGCUUACGACGCCUAUAUUUACCGCUGGAUGCGAAGCCAUAAACCAAGAUCGAGAGACGGUCAAACAAUUACUAGUGGAACUGUACACGGUUCUCCGCAUUCGGAAUAUCCUCAGAGCACUCGAAGUAUUGGAGAAACACUGGGAAAGACCAGAUGAUAGCUACACAGACGUGGCUGAUUUCCUGCCUUUUUGA